GACGAAUCCCAUGAGACGAUUUCUCCAGAGAUUCCCCAGCUUAGUGACUCGAAAUCUCCUCCACUCACCCACGAUUAAUCCUCAUGUUACUGUUCCUUCCCUAAACCGAGUUACUUCCCGGUUCGUCUUCUUCUCUUCAGAGUCGCGUGGUUCGGGAAGCAACGAGGUUGUUUCUAAAGAAGAGCUGAAGAAGAGGAUACAAAGCUUUUUGGAUGAUGGAGAUGAGGAUGCUUUGCCUGAUUUGUUCGAAGCGAUGAUGACUAGGAAGUUAUCGGGGAAUCACGAUGAAAGCGACGAUGAGGUGAUGGAGGAGGUGCGUAAGUACCCAAUUAACGACGCGCAUAAGGUUGAUGAUAGUGUCGAGAGUGGUGAUGGUGACUCGUCUGAUUCAGAUGUUGAGAGUGAUGGUCCUGAGGGAGAUGGUGAUUCCUCUGAUUCAGAUGCCGAGAGUGAUGGUGAUUCUCCUGAUUCUGAUAUUAGAGAUGGUGAUUCGUCUGAUUCUGACAUAGAGAUUGAUGGUCUGAAAGAUGUUGACUUGUCUGGUCUCAGUGUCAAGAUUAAUGGUCUGAAAGAUGGUGACUUGUCUGGUCUCAAUGUCAAGAUUAAUGGUCUAAAGCCUGAUCACUCGUCUUAUUCUGACUCUGAAAGUGAUUAAAUUGACUUACAUUAUAUCCCACUAAUCGAAGAUUUUGGAGAGGAAGCAAAUGGGAAUAGAACAGCUUUUUGGUGCAAGUUGGCUUUCAAGUUCCAGCUUUUGAAUAUAACUAGAACUUAUGUGUUUGUACUUCCUUAGUGGUAAUAGCUUAUGUUAUACACUACUCUAAUGAAUUUAUGUAUACUUAAGAAGGUGGUUUUAUAUUUUUGAUUUAGUUGUCCAACAAGUUUAUUAUACAUCCACG